CACUUCCAUCGCGCAGUCUUCUGGCCGGACCGGACGCGGUCUUGCCCUCAACCUCAACGAAACCGAAAACGCGCUCUUUCGAAUUUUCUUCUCGAUUACGAAAAUUCGUAAAUCCAUCCAUCGAUCCAUCCCUCGCUCGUCGCCUCGUGCUUUCUCAAGAUCGUUCGCUGGCAGAGAAGUAGAGCCGCGCGGUGUAUAAGGUGUGACAAGUAUAUACAGUUGGAGUGCGCCUCGAUGUGAAGACCGUGCUUUCAUGAGGGAUUAACGAAAAACUAUCAACGGAGCCGAGAGACAGUAGCGCCAACAUGCGGGAGAAAAGGUGGCUUCUGCUCGCUCUGUACGCAAUCCUGUUGGCCAAUGCGAUUUCGGCCGAACGUAAGGCUACCAGGCCGAAAUUCAAGAUCGCCACUACGUCGACGACCACAACAACAACCACCACCGAAGAGAACCAGAGGAACGAGAACGAAGAUGCGGAGGCGACCACCGCGGUGGCUAGCGGGGAGACGAACGCGACCAGCGGCCACGUCCUCACAGGCAUCCCGCAGAUCGACUACAUCUGGGACCCGAAUUUGCCCCGCGAGUUGAACGGCUACAAUCUCAGCGAUUACCCGUUCUACAACAGCAUACCGGAGGACAUCGACUUCAAAUGCGACGGCCUCCACGAUGGAUUUUACGCGAGCGUGCCGCACAAAUGCCAGGUGUAUCACCACUGCCUUUUCGGUACCCGAUACGACUUCCUCUGCGCCAACUUCACGGCUUUCGACCAAAAGACCUUCAUCUGCCACUUCGUGUCCGAGGUGGAUUGCGCCAAUUCGAGGAAGUACUGGCACAGGAACGACGCCCUCUACAAAGCGACCACGACUUCCACAACGUCCACGACCUCGACGACCACAACCACCACGAGCACAACCGCGUUUCCGCCGGUCACAGCCGCGAUUGGCGGCCGCCAAUCGUCCAGAGACCUUCCCAGGAGGAGGAGACCGUUCAGGAGGCGGCCGCCCGUGUACGAUUACUACGACGAGGAGUACUACGACGACGAUUACACCCGGCCACGAGGUGGGUACGGCAGGGACGAGUACGAUUACGACGAUCGAAAGUACAGGACGAGGGAUCGCGAGUACGUGAGGGAUCGCGAGUUUCGAGACUCGCCUAGGUCCAGGGAGGGGGGCGCCCCCAGGGACGAGAGGGACCGAUACCCGGCCAGGAACAACAGGAGGGAGCCUGGGAGGAGAGAUCCUCCUCCUUUGGAGGAGGAUUCGAGGGUAAGGUCGAGGGAUCCCGACCAGGGAUCGAGGUCGUCCCUGUCUAGGGAGGUCGAGGACGCGGAGUUGGACGAGAGACGAGUCGAUUCCAGGCUAAGGGACGAUGAUCGUCGCUAUCCCGAUAAAAGGUAUAGAGACGAUUACGAGGACAAGGAUCCCGUCUCGGCGGGGGGAGGGGGAGGCUCGGACGGGUUGGUGAAACCCGCCGCACCCGCAACCUCGCUCUACGCGAGACCGAGAACGCCGCCCAAGAUUCGUAGACCGGUCCCCCUCUCCGAGCAGGAUAAAUACGCUUACAAAACCACGGCCGUGCAAUCGACCGAGGAACCCCGAAGAAGACCGGUGGACAUCGCGGAGGACGACUAUUACGAGGACGAGUUGGAGGAUGUGAGACCUAUUCGAAGGCCGUUGAGGAGAAGGCCGUCGUCGUACAGAGACAGGGACAGGGAUUUCUACGAUACGAUAGAGAGAGACAGAGGCCGACCCUUCAGAUCGCGAUAUCGGGACGACGAGGACGAGUUGCGGCCGAGGAAACACCCGGAUCGGUCGAGAGAUCGGUACUACGAUCGAGACAGGGAUCGAGGUAGAGAUCGUUCCCUCCUCGAUCGUGGAAAGGAUCGAGGGAGAGGGCAGGAAGCGGGCGAGAAGCAGGAAAGGGCCGGCCCCGAUCGUUCGAGAUCGAAAGACACGAGACCGAAGGAUCCGCAGGAAGCCGACACGCCGUCCAGAGUUCGAGAUCGCAACAACAAUUACGAUCGCACGGAAAGAACCACCACCACCACCACCACCACCGCCGCCGCCCCCACCACUUCCACCGCUGCAACGACCGCCACGACCACCACUUGUUCCCCCGAGCAACCGCCCCGCAAAAUAGAAUCCAUCCCGAGGGAGGGUGCAAACAACGAGGGUAGGGGGACAAUUAUUGGCGAGAAAUCGGCGCAAGGCGAAACGCCGCGAGGAUCGAUGGACGCGGUGGGCGAGUCUCGUGCUCGAGGCGGGCAGCAAUCGGAUUACCAGGAACGGGAUCAGGACGAGGCGAAGCGGUAUCAGGUAUCCUCGUCGAUGGAGGAGUACUCGCAGGAGGAGUACUACGACGAGGCGGAGGAUCCUCCGUCGCCGCCGCCGCGCGCCACGAUUCGCGUAGUUAAACGACCCUUCCUCCCGUCCAGGGGUGGUAAUCCCAACCCGAGGGGAUUGUCCCCGGUCGGCGUGAAGGCGAGCGCGCCUAAGAGAAUGGAGGAGGGGCAGGAGGGGGAGAAGGCGGGCGGGGAGAGGACGAACGAAAGGGGGAAAAAUUAUCACGCGCACCAGACGGCCGAGGAGAGCCCCCGAAUUGAAUUCGAGCGGCAGGAGUCGAAGGGCGGGGAGAAGGAGAGUGAGAGAGAGACGGAGAAUCGGGACGAGUACGGGGGGGUGGGCGAGCGUUACGCGGACGCGUCUGUGGCGAGAGGUGGGCAGACGCGAAGGAUUCCAGGCAAGGAGAAGACGCAGCGGGGGGAGGAUGGGGGGGGAUCGUCUGCGGACGAUGGAUUCGCGAGGGGGGGGUCGAAAGGGACGAGCGAGGACAACGUUGGCGCGUUCGAGGAGGGAUUGGGCGGAUGGCCCGUGGAACGAGAGUUCUCGAAUCACGGCGUGCAAGUAGCCGGCCAUCCGUAUCGUAGCAAGGGGCGUAUCGUGAGUCCAUCGAGCGAGAGUCCAAGUCCGGUUUACGGAUCCGGUUUUAAGAACGAGGAGAUCCAGGAGAAUCCGACCGGGCCCCAAAGUUUCAGGGUGAAGCAGAGGUUGAACGAGGUGACGCACCGGUUGCAGGACAUCCCGGAGAGCGAGUACGACGUGACGCUGAACGACGCGUUGACGCCCACGUUGAACCAGGAGACCAGCCUGCCCAGCGGAUUCGUUCUCCCUCUCCACAGGCAGAUAGGGAGAGACGCGAUCCUCCAAUCGUCCGAGACGAGUAGUUACAAAGUUUCCAGGCCCGUAGAUCAGCAACAUCAGCAGAAAUCGUCGUUCGUUACCAAUCCUCAAUUCUUGUCUGCGGUCAACACGGGCAACGAUAGGCUGAGGACCGUGUAUUACAGGACACCCGAGACUGUUCAAAUCGGUGGGACGCAAUACAGGCCGCAGAGAGGAGGAUUGUCAUGGCAGGAUUAUACCGGCUACUGAAAACAAUACCGACGAAGAGAUAGAA